UGUGAGACCAAGGUUAGUCCAGCUCCCUGGUUGUAGGCUACUACUUUUAUAAAAAUGAGGCUUGGUUUGUGUUUUGUAUUUCUUUACAUUGGCCAAACAUGUGGUAUAAGCCUCGAAAUAGUGCAAAGAGACGAGCUGCAUCGUAAGGAAAGGUCUGAGAACAUUCACACUGGGACCAUUACUUUUGGCACAGGGGAUAUUUCACUGGGUCGAAAUCUGGAAUAUGAGGGACGAUCUGUUGGAGAAAACAUUGCAGAUGAUGGCUCUGUUAAAUUUCAAGCUGACGAUCCACAUCCUGGCCAGGUGGGUGGACAAAGCGCCACUGAAGACUUUAAGGCUUGGCAUCGUAUGAAACCAAAUUUAUUAUGUACUAAUGACCUCAUGGAGUUCUCUGCACAAGGCCCUGGAUGUUCUUCACUCCAGUUAGACAGAGGUGGCAUGCCUCUCUCAUUAAGCCAGCUACCAGGAGACUGUGGCUACUCUGUGAAAAGGACUGCAGUGGGCCUUGUGUUUGUCGCCCCAUUUGAUGGUUGUGAUGUUCUAAAACGGGGAAAUAGCCACUUGCUGCAGAUGUUGUGGCACGACAAUCCAGUAACCCUCUCCUGCUCUGCAUCAAGCUCAGACCAAGUCUCUCCAGUUUUAUCCACUACUCUAGCUCCAACCACAGAAGCACCUACCACAGCUGCUGGGCUUCCUCCACAGAAUCAACAGUGGAUGCCCCCCUUCUUUGGAGGCUACUACCCUGUAAUGCCUGUGAAGACUCCCUCUGAAACUACUGUUGCACCAACUACAAAAGCACCUUCCACAGCUGCCGGGCUUCCUCCACAGAAUCAACAGUGGAUGCCCCCCUUCUUUGGAGGCUACUACCCUGUAAUGCCUGUGAAGACUCCCUCUGAAACUACUGUUGCACCAACUACAAAAGCACCUUCCACAGCUGCCGGGCUUCCUCCACAGAAUCAACAGUGGAUGCCCCCCUUCUUUGGAGGCUACUACCCUGUAAUGCCUGUGAAGACUCCCUCUGAAACUACUGUUGCACCUUCCCCCCCUAAAACUACUGUUGCACCUUCCACAGCUGCCGUGCUUCCUCCACAGAAGCAACAGUGGAUGCAUCCCCUCUUUGGAGGCUACUAUCCUGUGAAGACUCCCCUGAAACCUACUGUUGCACCAACUACAAAAGCACCUUCCACAGCUGCCGGGCUUCCUCCACAGAAUCAACAGUGGAUGCCCCCCUUUGGAGGCUACUACCCUGUAAUGCCUGUGAAGACUCCCUCUGAAACUACUAUUGCACCUCCCCCCCCUGAAACUACUGCUGCACCUUGCCCCCUUAAAACUACUGUUGUACCAACUACAGAAGCACCUUCCACAGAUGCAGAGCUUCCUCCACAGAAUCCGUGGAUGCAUCCCCUCUUUGGAGGCUACUACCCUGUAAUGCCUGUGAAGACUCCCUCUGAAACUACUAUUGCACCUCCCCCUGAAACUACUGCUGCACCUUGCCCCCUUAAAACUACUGUUGCACCAACUACAGAAGCACCUUCCACAGAUGCAGAGCUUCCUCCACAGAAUCUGUGGAUGCAUCCCCUCUUUGGAGGCUACUACCCUGUAAUGCCUGUGAAGACUCCCUCUGAAACUACUAUUGCACCUCCCCCCCCUGAAACUACUGCUGCACCUUGCCCCCUUAAAACUACUGUUGCACCAACUACAGAAGCACCUUCCACAGAUGCAGAGCUUCCUCCACAGAAUCCGUGGAUGCAUCCCCUCUUUGGAGGCUACUACCCUUUUACACAAAAGGAGGAUUCAACAAGCACCAAACCCAGCAACCCUGCAGCAGCAGCAGGAGGAGCAGCGGGAGGAGGAGGAAUAGGAAGAGCAGGACCUGCAGGAGGAGCAGCAGCAGCGGUACGAGGAGGAGCAGUAGCCGCAGAGGAGGAGCAGAAGGAGGAGGAAGAACAGCAGCAGCAACAGACGGAGGAGCAGCAGUAG